GUACUUCUAAUUGCAGAAAUAUUUUACAGGCAAACAGUCAUUCAAUUUCUCCUAGCUCAGAAAUGCUUCUGCAAACAACCGUCUCCUCCGCCGCAUCCGUCGCCUACGCCUUGCCGUUUGGCUGCCGGCACUGCUACACCACCAAGAAUCUGACGCAAAACCCUCCCUCACUCUCCCUGACAAAAACCCCCUUCUUACCUCUUCUCGAUCGACGAUUUCAUCUCUGCGGCAAAUCGUCGACCACUUGGCGCUAUGACAGUAACGGUAAUCGAAGAUCGAUAGCUCCAUCUGCUACUUUGCUGGAGGCCCCAGUUUUGUGGGCCGGUCGCCUCUGCAUUUUCUAUGCUCUGUUGAAAGCUGGGCUUGCUGGAUCUCCCGACAAUCCCAUCGUUUCUGAUAUGGAAAGUGGAGUUCUGGAUUUGGGGUUCUCUAAGUGGUUUGGGGAGCUGAGCAAACCAGAAAAGGAGGCAGCUGAAAGAAGAAAACUUGUGGGCAAAUGGCAUCCCACGACGAAAGGCACCCUUAGGCGCAAUUACAGAGUGCCCUCGAAAACUGAGGGAAGGCGUCUGCUUAAAGCAAUUGCAUCCGUGUUGUCAGAUGAUGAUCAGUUCAGAGAUGCCACGUCACACAAGGGCUGUCAGAUCAGGAGGGAAACGGCUCAUGGAGAGAGCGUCUGUUGCAACAACGUGCGCGCCUUGUUUGACGAGCUUCCUACGCCACAUCUGACUGUGGAAAUCACACCAUUUCCAGCAGGGCCCCUUUCCGAAAACGAUUACUCGAAGGCUGAGAGGCUAGAAAGGGUGCUCAGAUCUGGCCCUUCUGUUUGAAGAUCUGUAUUUACAACUUUUUUCUUGUAUGAAUCCUUUAAUUUGUACAUAUUUAGACUACUGUGGGGACUAAGAACUUCUGUGCUUGAUGCAUUUAAUGAAACUUUGUUGAGUUUA